AUGGAAGCUGCCAGGUUAUUCGCCAUCCUCAAUAAUGAGUCUCUCAAUCUCAUCGAAUGCGAGAGCGAAGCGAGAGGUCUGUCGGACGAUCAAGUGCGAAAAGGUAAAAGGGCCGGCGAUUCGGCGAUGUCGUAUCCCUAUCUAAACCAGACGUUGCCCACCCCUGAUCCCAUGGCCAGCGAAUAUACCGCGCAGUCGUUCCGGCCGCUGCUGAACAAACUCGUCCAGACACCAGAGUAUUUUUCAGCGGAUGAUCUCAAACAGGCGCUCAAUCACUUGUUCACACCCGAUAUCCUACAUCCAGCACAGAUCGGGGCGUUCUUGACUGCGCUCCAUAUCCAUAGGGUGGAGAGACGGCCGGAGUCGUUGGCAGCAGCAGCCAGCGUGUUGCGCGCACGUGCGUUGAAGGCUUCGGUACAGGACGCUGAGGGCGAUUUUGUGGUCGACAUCGUCGGGACUGGUGGGGACGGCUACAACCUGUUUAAUGUUAGCACGACAGCAGCGGUGGUGGCUGCAGGUGCAGGAGCGCGUGUUAUCAAGCAUGGGAGUCGCGCAUCGACCUCGUCGUCUGGCUCCGCCGACCUGCUCGAGUCCCUAGAAUGUCUCUUCGUCGCACCCACGCCGGGCUUGCCCACACCGAUCCCCCGCAUCCCCUUCACGUUCAUCCUCGCGCCGCAUUACCACCCUGCGCUCGCCAUGAUCGCGCCAUACCGCAAGUCUCUCCCCUUCCGCACCAUGUUCAACGUCCUUGGACCCCUCAUCAACCCAGCCUGUCCCCGUGGAAUGGUCCUUGGCGUCGCAGAACGUGAGAUCGGGCAGACCUUCGCCCAUUCGCUGCGAGAAGGCGGCGUUGAGCGCGCGCUGGUCGUGUGCGGCUUCGAGGGUCUUGACGAGAUCAGCUGUGCGGGCCCCACGCACGCCUGGGAGCUCAAGGAUGGGAAUGUGACAGCGACCACGCUGACGCCUGCGGACUUUGGCCUGCCUGCACACCCGCUCACCGCUGUGGGGGGAGGUGGACCGCAAGAGAACGCGGAGACGUUCACGACGCUGCUCACAUCUGGGGAAAACAUACCUGAGAAGCUCGUCCCUGUACUGGACUUUGUGCUUAUGAAUGCCUCUGCGUUGUUGGUGGUAGCGGGCAUCGCGAAGGAUUAUAAGGAAGGUGCGCAACUUGCGCGUGAAAGUGUUACUUCUGGGAAAGCGUGGGAGGCGUUGAGCAUCUUCCGCGACGCCGGGAAGAGUGGAGUUGCUUUCUCAUAA